UGAAGCAGCAGAGGAACUCCGGGAAAAUAAGAGCCGGUUGGUGGUGGAAAAGUUGACCUGCAACAUUAACCGCUCGGUCUUCAGACGGACCGUUGGGCUGUUCUCCAGUCUGGCUCUUCACAAUAUGGCUCCAACUAACGUUAUCCAGUACUCUGCAGAAACGGGAUGCAGAUGCCCAUUAGAGUCUGAGCUGCGAGCAGUGCUGCAGCAAAGGAUUAUGGUCCUUGACGGUGGUAUGGGGACCAUGAUCCAGCAGCAUAAACUUGAAGAGGAAGAUUUCAGAGGAGAUGAGUUUAAAGAGCACCCGCUUCCACUGAAGGGCAACAACGAUCUCCUCACCAUCACACAGCCCGAUAUCAUCUACAAAAUACACAAGGACUACCUGCUGGCCGGAGCCGACAUCAUAGAGACCAAUACGUUUAGCAGCACCUCUGUGGCCCAGGCAGAUUAUGGACUGGAACACAUGGCUUAUCGUCUCAACAGGGUGUCUGCGGAGCUGGCGAGGAGGGCAGCCAACGAUGUCACCAAACAAACUGGUUGUAAACGCUAUGUGGCCGGGGCAGUGGGUCCCACCAAUAAGACCCUGUCAGUGUCUCCGUCUGUGGAGAGACCAGACUUCAGGAACAUCACAUUUGACGAACUAGUCGAAGCUUACUCAGAACAGGUCAGGGGUUUAUUAGAUGGAGGAGCGGACAUCCUGCUGGUUGAAACCAUCUUUGAUACUGCCAACGCCAAGGCUGCCUUGUUUGCCAUUGACCUGCUGUUUGAAAAGAGCUAUGAAAGAAAACCUAUAUUUAUCUCAGGGACGAUCGUUGACCGGAGUGGACGUACUCUGUCCGGUCAGACAGGAGAAGCCUUUGUAGUGAGUGUAUCUCACACUAACCCUCUAUGCAUUGGUCUAAAUUGUGCUUUGGGGGCGACCGAGAUGAGGCCGUUCAUUGAGGCCAUUGGAAAAAGCACCACAGCUUUCAUUAUCUGUUAUCCCAAUGCAGGUCUUCCCAACACGUUUGGAGGGUACGAUGAAACCCCAGAAGUAACAGCCUCCAAUUUAAAGGAGUUUGCUAUGGAUGGACUGGUGAAUGUUGUGGGAGGCUGUUGUGGGACCACUCCAGGACACAUCAGGGCAAUAUCUGAAGCAGUCAAACACUGUCAGCCAAGAGUUCCUGCUGCAGAUAUUUAUCAGGACUACAUGCUGCUGUCAGGUUUGGAGCCCUUCAGGAUCGGCCCUUACACCAACUUUGUGAACAUUGGCGAGCGCUGCAACGUGGCUGGGUCACGCAAGUUUGCCAAGCUGAUCAUGGCAGGAAACUAUGAGGAGGCUCUGAGCAUCGCUAAGGCCCAGGUGGAGAUGGGAGCCCAGGUCCUGGAUAUAAACAUGGAUGAGGGGAUGCUGGAGGGGCCGACUGCUAUGGCCCGAUUUUGUAACUUCAUUGCUUCUGAGCCAGAUAUCGCACGGGUUCCACUGUGUAUCGACUCCUCUAACUUCUCUGUUAUUGAGGCUGGGUUGAAAUGCUGUCAGGGGAAGUGUAUCGUCAACAGUAUCAGCCUGAAGGAAGGAGAGGAGGAGUUCCUGCACAGAGCUGCCACCGUGAAGCGCUAUGGAGCCGCUGUGGUGGUCAUGGCCUUCGAUGAGGAGGGACAGGCCACAGAUACAGACCGUAAAGUGGAGAUCUGCACUCGGGCCUACAAGCUGCUGGUCAACAAAGUGGGAUUCAACCCCAACGACAUCAUCUUUGACCCCAACAUCCUCACCAUCGGCACAGGCAUGGAGGAACACAACGACUACGCCAUCUACUUCAUCAGAGCCACCAAACUCAUAAAGGGAAUAGACAAAUAUGUGGUCGAGGAUGUGGAGGAGUGUCAGGCUCAAGUUGACCUCUACCCUCGACCCCUUCACAUCAUCGAAGGCCCCCUGAUGAACGGCAUGAAGGUGGUGGGAGAUCUUUUUGGAGCUGGGAAGAUGUUCCUUCCACAGGUGAUCAAGUCGGCUCGUGUUAUGAAGAAGGCGGUAGGCUAUCUGAUUCCUUUCAUGGAGAAGGAGAGGGAGGAGAUGAUGGCAUUGUCUGGCUCAACCGAUGACGUGGAUCCCUAUCAGGGCACCAUAGUUCUGGCAACGGUGAAGGGAGACGUCCAUGAUAUUGGCAAGAAUAUCGUAGGUGUGGUGCUGGGUUGCAACAACUUCAGAGUGAUUGACAUGGGUGUGAUGGUUCCCUGUGAUCAGAUCCUUAGAGAGGCCGUGAAACAGAAAGCAGAUAUCAUUGGUUUGUCUGGUCUCAUCACCCCCUCUCUGGAUGAGAUGAUCUAUGUCGCCAAAGAGAUGGAGAGACUGGGAAUGACAACACCUCUGCUGAUUGGAGGAGCCACCACAUCAAAGACACACACAGCAGUGAAGAUCGCCCCUCGCUACAGCUGUCCUGUUGUCCACGUUCUGGACGCAUCCAGGAGUGUGGUGGUGUGCUCGCAGCUCCUGGAUGAGACAGCGAAGGAGGAGUACUUUGAGGAUCUGAAAGAGGAGUAUGAGGAGAUCAGGCAGGAGCACUAUGACUCCCUGAAGGAUCGUCGGUAUCUGUCUCUUUCUCAGGCCAGAGAGAAAGCUUUGCGUAUAGACUGGCUCUCCCAGCCAGCGCCAGUGUGUCCUCAGUUCCUGGGCACCCGUGUGUUUGACAGGUACGACCUCAACAGUCUGCUGGACUUCAUCGACUGGAAACCUUUCUUCGAUGUGUGGCAGCUGAGAGGAAAAUACCCCAACAGAGGUUAUCCCAAGAUCUUCAACGACAAGACUGUUGGUCCGGAGGCUCGGCGAGUCUUUGAUGAUGCCCAGUUACUGCUCCACCAGAUGAUUGACAGCGGGAGUCUGGAGGGGCGGGGCCUGGUGGGGUUCUGGCGUGCUCAGAGUAAUGGUGAUGACAUCAUUGUGUACAAAAAUGACGUCACUGUACACAAAGAUACCACGCCUAUCGCCACGUUCCAUGGCUUGAGACAACAGGUGGAGAAGGACAGCUCCAGUUCAGAGCCCUACCUGUGUCUGUCAGACUUUGUGGCGCCGGUGGACAGCGGUGUUGCAGACUACAUCGGUGUGUUUGCUGUGGGGGUGUUUGGAGCUGAGGAGCUGAGUCAGCAGUUCCAGUCAAAGGGAGACGACUACAACAGCAUCAUGGUCAAAGCCCUGGCUGACCGACUGGCUGAGGCCUUUGCUGAGGAGCUCCAUUCUCGAGUGCGCAAGGAACUGUGGGGCUACAGCAGUGACGAGACUCUGCAGGCCUCAGAUCUCCACAGAAUUCGAUACAAGGGCAUCAGACCUGCAGCUGGCUACCCCAGCCAGCCUGACCACACGGAGAAGACCAUCAUGUGGAGCCAGGCUGGGAUCCAGGAGAAGAUUGGUGUUUGCCUGACAGAGUCCUUGGCCAUGACGCCCGCUGCCUCUGUGUCUGGACUUUACUUCUCCAACCCUCAGGCCACAUACUUCGCUGUGGGGAAGAUCACCAAGGAGCAGGUGGAGGACUACGCGAGGAGGAAAGACAUGUGUGUGGAGGAGGUGGAGAGAUGGCUGGCUCCCAUCCUGGGCUACGACAGUGAGGCGUAGAGUGUGAUCACUCCAGCAGUACAGUGGAGUGCAGAGAGAUCCGAGCACGGCACAGACAACACACAUUCCACUGUGUCUGCUUACACAGGGAGGGAUUCACUGACCUCCCAUAGUGCACCUGUGAAAAACACACC